AUUGGAAACAACCCAUCCAAAUGUACGGCUGAUAAUAGACUUUUCACCCCGUUUUCUGCCUCUGGUUGUGGUUAGCCUAAGUGUAUCUUUGCCUCCUUCCACUCCAAACAAAUCCAAAAAUGGCCAAUCUACUGCACCUUCAGCUUCAACGCUCUUGGCUCACACCUUCUUCACCUCAUCAUCUUCCACCUCUCUCCACCAAACCCUCCGUCGCCGUCUUCCCCUCCAAAUUCUCCCCCUUCAGACACUCACUUCACGCUGCCCCUCUCAAUAAUGCUGAAUCAUCUGAUGAACCCACUUCUUCAGAAUUCCAUCAGAAACCUGCAGUCAUCGACCCUGUGAAGCUGCCUUUUGAGAAAACUGAAGGGUAUAAGAAAUCUGCUACCAUGGCGGCGGCUCAGAAUGUGAAAAUUGAGGACCCGAUUGAGGGUCCUAGCGAGGAGAAGGCAGAAGUACCAGAUCCUGUUAAGGCUGCUCUGGAGAAAGCCAAAGAGUACAAGAAGAAUAAAGGAGCUGCUGGCAGCGAUGUGAAACUUGAGUCAAAUCCAGGUACUGGGGUUAUUGCGCGCCAAGUUACUGAUGAAAUGCUGCAACGAGCUUUUUGAUUGUUGAGGUAUAAUUGACAGUGAAAGCUCUGAACUUCCCGUAGGAGUGAUGAAGGCGAGAAAUGGGCGGGAUCCAGGAAGUAAAUUGAUGGAUGGAGGUGAGAGCAGCAAAGGGAGGCUAUCAGUUUCAAAGCUUGAUUUCGUGGGACUUGAUUUUGGGGAAAGGAAAAGGGGAAAAGGGCUGCCGGCUGGACUGGUUCCUACAGUGGAUCCUUAUCCGGCAGGGGACUUGCCCGACGUGGAGAUCAUUGUUGGGGAUACCAGCAAUUUUCGGGAGAGGAAACAAGCGAAUCCUCAGCCAGCGCAAGAAGAUAGUGCCGCAGAUCUCUAUAAGCCUAAGGUUUCUACAUGGGGAGUCUUUCCCAGACCUGGAAACAUUUCGAAAACGGUAUAUGCUUAUUGCAAUUGGUAUUAGCCUUUUUCAACAAUAACAUGGUGGUGAAGCAUCUUGUUGACCAAAAACAACAACAUGCAUGCUAAUUGCUAGGUACUGAUGGAACCAAAUGUUGUUUAUACAGUACCGGUGUAACUUAGUUUAGGCCAUUUUGGGUGAAGUUGGAAGAUGAUUGAUCAUUCUGUAGAUAUUGUUACGGGAAAGGACUGUACGAUUUGCUUCAUUUUCCUGAAAGAAGCUGUUACUGAUGCUUCUCAAUCUGAGUGUUCAGUUUGGUGGUGGGAAAACUAUUCGCCCUGGGGAUGUAUUGGAAACAGAAGAGGAAAGAGCUAGUAAAGAUGCACGCACGAGGCAACUGGUUGCAGCUUACCGCAAGAAAGUUGGUUUAAAUAUCGAUCCAAAGUUGAAAUCGGAGUGCGACAAGACCUUGAAGGAUGGCGACUCUUUGAUGGACUCAGGGAAGCUCAAUGACGCACUAACUUACUAUCAAACCGUUAUGGAUAAACUACCUUUCCAGAGUGAACUUCAUGGAUUAGCAGCUUUGCAGUGGUCCAUCUGCCAAGAUUCACUUAAUCGGCCAAAUGAGGCACGGGCGGUGUACGAAAAACUUCAGUCUCACCCAAAUCCUAAAGUAAGCAAGAGAGCAAGGCAAUUGAUGUUCAGUUUCCAGGCCAUGGAAAUGAUGAAGGUUACAGGGUCGAAUUUCUCGCUCGACAACCCUGGCUACCAGGACUACUUCGAGAAAUUUGUCCAAGACAAGACGAAUUACUCUGCGACAAACGAUGAAGGUGAAGAAGGUGUGCUGAGCCAAGCGCUCCCAUACAUAAUCUUUCUUGUUUCACCCAUUUUUAUGAUUCUUUACGUUGCUGUACAGGGAAGGACUAUGAACUAGAGAAGAGAACUCGGUAAAGAAUGUAUAGUUUACGGUAUAAGUUAUAAUACUAAGUCCACCUAUUAUGUACUGCUACAAAAUCAUGUAUGAUGGUUGGAUUAGAGGGUAUGAUCUAAUUGGCAUAUUUGCAUAUGAGUAAGAAGAGAGGAGAGGUUUGGGGGAGAGCUGAGCGCAUUUUCUUGUGGCUGGGAUCUUAAGGUGGCACUUAAUUCACUUUUUUAAAUCUCACUUAGCUUUUACUUGGCCGGAAUAUCUGAG